ACUAAUCCAAGUGUCAGCGCAGAGACAAACAUAACAGUGGGUCGCCGCGUCCCUGUCAAGUCCAGGAGUAGCCGGGGUGUGCGAGCAGGAGCCGGGAGGAGCGACGCUGAGCUUUUAGUGCAUCCGGGAGUCGGUUGUGUGUGUCAUUUUUGACAAGUGGCACUUUGGGGCACCAGGGAGCGGAUUUACUGAGCGCAUUAAAGUCGCCGAGACGUUCACUUUCCCUCUGCUCACCUGAACAUGGCUUCGACCACCUGCACCAGGUUCACUGAUGAGUACCAGCUGUACGAGGAACUGGGCAAGGGCGCCUUCUCUGUGGUGAGGAGGUGCAUGAAGAUCUCCACAGGGCAGGAAUACGCUGCCAAAAUAAUCAAUACCAAGAAGUUGUCUGCCAGGGACCACCAGAAGUUGGAGCGUGAGGCCAGGAUCUGCCGUCUGCUCAAGCAUCCCAACAUCGUGCGGCUCCAUGACAGCAUAUCAGAGGAGGGAUGUCACUAUUUGGUCUUUGACUUAGUUACUGGUGGUGAGCUGUUUGAAGACAUCGUUGCCAGGGAGUACUACAGUGAAGCUGAUGCCAGUCAUUGCAUUCAGCAGAUCCUAGAGGCUGUUCUCCAUUGCCACCAGAUGGGCGUGGUCCACCGUGACCUGAAGCCUGAGAAUUUGCUCCUCGCCAGCAAGCUGAAGGGGGCAGCUGUUAAACUGGCUGACUUUGGCCUGGCUAUUGAAGUGCAGGGGGAUCAGCAGGCCUGGUUUGGUUUUGCUGGGACACCAGGUUACCUGUCUCCAGAGGUGCUGAGGAAAGAUCCGUAUGGCAAGCCAGUGGAUAUGUGGGCCUGCGGUGUGAUCCUCUACAUUCUCCUGGUGGGAUAUCCUCCUUUCUGGGAUGAGGACCAGCACCGACUGUACCAGCAGAUUAAAGCUGGAGCCUAUGACUUCCCCUCUCCAGAGUGGGACACAGUCACCCCAGAGGCAAAAGACCUGAUCAACAAGAUGCUGACCAUUAAUCCUGCCAAAAGGGUCACCGCCACAGAUGCUCUCAAACACCCCUGGAUCUGCCAACGCUCCACUGUGGCGUCCAUGAUGCACAGACAGGAGACGGUGGAGUGCCUGAAGAAAUUCAACGCUAGAAGGAAACUCAAGGGUGCCAUCCUGACCACGAUGCUCGCCACUCGCAACUUCUCAGCAGCCAAGAGCCUGCUGAACAAGAAACCGGACGGUGUCAAAAUCAACAACAAGGCCAAUGUGGUCACCAGCCCCAAAGAGCCCGCCCCCACUCCUUCUCUGGAGCCUCAAACCACUGUUAUCCACAACCCAGCUGAUGGAAACAAGGAGUCCAGCGAGAGUGCCAACACUACCAUCGAAGACGAGGACGUGAGAGCUCGUAAACAGGAGAUCAUUAAAGUCACAGAGCAGCUGAUUGAAGCCAUCAACAAUGGAGACUUUGAAGCCUACACUAAGAUCUGUGAUCCCGGCCUCACAUCCUUUGAGCCUGAGGCCUUGGGCAACUUGGUGGAGGGAACAGACUUCCACCGCUUCUACUUUGAGAAUGCUCUGUCCAAGGGGAAGCAGCCCAUCCACACCAUCCUGCUCAACCCCCACGUCCACCUGAUCGGGGAGGAGGCGGCGUGCAUCGCCUACAUCCGCCUCACCCAGUACAUCGACGGGAGCGGCAUGCCGCGCACCAUGCAGUCAGAGGAGACGCGCAUCUGGCACCGCCGCGACAGCAAGUGGCAGAACAUCCACUUCCACCGCUCCGGAUCACCCACCGUGCCCACCAAUUAAGCCCAGCUUUGACCAUCAGCCGCCUCCAGCUGACCAGACUCUGCCUACCAAGUGUCCAUCAGAUCCCUCCGCCCGCCAUAGCUAGUGCUCUGCCCUCUCAGUGUGUUGUUUACAUUAUGUCGCUGCUGGACUGGAGAUUAUUGUAAAUGUUGGAUAAACAAACAAACAGACAAACAAAAAAAAACGAGGAGAAAAUCAUGUUGACGAUAUCAUUUUGUAGUGCGAGUGUGUGUUCAUUCCAGGGUAUUACCAUCCACAGCAUGUUUUAUUACGCAGAUAUUUUUUAUUCAGUUUAAGUUGGUUUUAAUAGAAGGGGUUUUAAGUGGAGCCACAUUUUUGAUUGGCUGGUGAAAAUAUGUGAAACUUCCAAUCAUUAUGUAGUGAGCGCUAUUCAUUUUAAUAUUGCACAUAUUGAGGACUAUCGUGAUGUUUUUGCCUUUUUGGCACAAUGACCAAUAUAUCACAUAUCUGCUUUGGAUUCGUAUCUUUUGAUCUGCCAUCUGUUAGAGCUCAGACACAAGCUUGCUUAGUUCUGGUGAUGUAUAGUUUUUGGCUAGUCGCUGUGAAUCGCUUUGUCUUCGCUUAGCCGUCGGCGCUAGCCACAUAAACGCACUCAGCCGAUUUUAGGAAUCGUUUCCAGUUUGCCGUCGGAACUAAAUAUGUUUACUAGGAGUUUUAACUACAUGUUUUAAAAGGGAAAAUCAGUUGAAAAUGUUUUCAUUAGCCUGUUGGACCUCCACUAUCACAAAGCCAGUGAGAGGUCUCUUAUGAUAGAAUGUAAAUUCCUAUAUUUCUUAAAGAGAGUUCUUGCGUCUCUUUCCAGUACAAUUGUGAUUUUAUGACUUUUGUUGUUUACGUUUUUCUAUUGUGAGAUAAAUGCUUGUCCCUCCAUGUCCCACGUUAGUAAAUCCCUCACUCUGCAUUCAGCAAUUGGACACUAGGCUACAGAAGAACACCGAUACGAAAGACACAUUUACUGUAGCUGGAAUUCUAUUUUUAACGAGGAACUGGAUGAUGACUUAAAAUAAUGAAUCACUGUUCUACUUUAGUUUAAUAUUAAUUGCUUCGUUGGUGUUACUGCACAGUUAAGACCCAAUUUGUUGUUCUCACUCUUGGCUUCACUUUUGAACAUUCAUGGUGGUAAAUGUGAAAAAAUCAGGGAAAUGUAAUUUCAGAAUCAAAGCACAGGGACCAAGAUAAAGUCACGCAAGGUCACGGAUUACGUUUGUGUUCAGGAUAUUGACUUAACUUAUGCUUUGCAUUAUUUACAUCAAAUUGUUUAGAGAAUUGUAAGUUUUCUUUUGUUUAGCCACAUUUCCUUAACAGAUACAAGAAGAUGCAUUGAAAUUUACAGUAGACCACUGGUGGGACAAGACUGAUGUUUAAGGAAUAUCAAAUAAAAUGUAUGACUUAUGCCAAAUAAGAAAA